AUGUCUCCUAGUCUAUACCUAGCUCUUGUGCCUGUAAACAAAUGUGUCAUUGCCCGUGAAAUUCUCUCCCACGGUCCACCACGGAGAAGUCUAAGAAAUGGAAACGCCAGGUUGCAAACGGAACAGCUCAACAAAACUGGUGGUGGCCCUGCACCCCCUCCCCUAGACACUAUUGAUGAGAUAGUGGAGGAUGUCUUGGGUGAGGGUAACAAGAUUGAUGACAUCAUUCUGCACAAGGUUAAACACAUUGAAGAGGAACGUGCUGAGGGAGAAAGCCACCUUCUGGAAGAGCCUCAGACCACUCUGUCAACUCCCACACAUGAAGAUGUAGAGGCAGCAGAAGUGCCUCUCCAUACAGUCUCUGACAUCUAUGCCCAUGUCCAGGAGGUAGCAACUGCUCCAGCAGUAGCAGCAGUGUUAGAAGAGCUGGCAGCAGCUGCACGGGCUGCUAAGUUAGCUGCAGAGGAGGUCUCAUCAUGUGCAUGGGCCGUGGGAGGAGCUGUACGGGCACAAGAAGAAUUUGCAAGAGAAGCGGCAAAAGCUGAAAGGGAAAAGGCAGAAGCUGCAAGGGAAGAGGCAAAAGCUGCAAGGGAAAAUGCAGAAGCUGCAAGGGAAAAGGCAGAAGCUGCAAGGGAAGAGGUAAAAGCUGCAAAGGAAAAUGCAGAAGCUGCAAGGGAAAAGGCAGAAGCUAGCAGACUAAAACAAUUAUACCUGAAAAUAAAAAUUGAAAAUGCUAAGAGAUACAAACAAUGAAAAAGUGAAAUAAAUGUAAAAAAAAG